ACAUUUUCCAAAUUUGAAUACUCCGGUUAGGCACAUCACCUUCUGAGUUGAAAAGACCUUCGCAGCUCGAAGCUGAGCAUAUCGGAGCUCUCAGGCUAUCAUCUGCGAUAUUCUGCCUGUGGUAUCCAUUCAAUAUCGGAACGACCUGUGCACUUCUUUCCAGACAGGUUCUAGGGGUGACCUACCUCAUCUUUGACCAAGAUGUCUGACAUUUACACCCCACCUCCACGAACAGCCUACUACCUCGCACAGGCAUUCUAUAUGCCUAGCGACAAAGGAGACCGUUGGGCUAUAUCAUUUUCCGGGAGAAGCUCAGUGCUUGUAGCGUCUGCGCUCUCCGUUGUCGUCACUCUGAGUUUCGCAGCCCUUUGGAAAAUAAUAUGUUUCGUCUCCCUGAUGUUCCAGGGCAACGAGUCCAGGAGGAGAUUUGUUGGCAUGAUCAUGCUUUGGAACUCGGGCGAUGCGAUCGCUGCAUUCCUUCGACUGGUGACGUAUACCGUUCGAUGUUAUCCACGGACAAUCACGAGGCCCAAGACGGAAGAGUCAGCGACUCCCCAUAGGGCUACUAAAGAGCUCAAGACGGGAGAGUCAGAGACUCCCAGCGGGGAUCUUCCAAACACUAAUCAGGAAGGAAAGCGCCCCAAGCAAAGAGGUGACUUCCUGUACGGCUUAUCCCUUUGCCUCGUUUGCUUUGCCGUCUGGGGAGGGAGUGUGGCCAUGUCGACGGUCGUCUCCUGGCUCGUUUCAAUUGGACACGUCGCACCCGUUAACCCAAGCGUCUUGUUUUACCCCGACAUCCCUGGUGAAGUUGCUGUUCAGCAGUUGAAGGAUUUCGGUCUCCGUGCCCCAGGCAUCUUGCGCUCUUUGGGAAGCGUCGAAGCAGCCAAGGUGACGCUACGCACUCGCGUGAGCAUUGAGGGCGGAGAUGCCGGCCUCAUUCCAAACGGAACUGAUCUUGGCCAUGAGCUCAACUACGAUUAUAACCUCACCGGAGUCGAGUUAGGUCUCCGGGGUGGCGACGGCCUCUCACUAGGGGUGAAGGGCUUCUGCAGAACUGAGUACGACUGGUACCGUCCUGACAUGAGUACCAAUGCCAGCGACGUCUACCACCUGUGGAACAACGAGAAUCAAUCACGGUCCAUCCGGUUGUCUGAGGAUGCUAUUACUCGCGCACCUACCGCCGCCUUUCUGCUCCCCAACGAGUACUUUACAGCGGCCGUGGGGCCACCAGCGGAUUCCAACUACUCCUUCGCUAUAAUAGUGAGUUCCGCGCGGCGGACCAGCGUGACGGAAGGCAGUGAUCCUUGGUAUACGACAGAGCUGCGUGACCAGCCCGCUGACUUAAGUCACUACAAUGCCAAAUUUUGGAUGAAGCGCGCCAGACCUAUCCUCUCUUGCUGGGAGCAGAUGAAGUGGUUACACAAGGGAACCGCUCUCGACUCGAUUGCCGACCUCAGAUACCAGACAGAUCGAACCAUUCCGGACGUCCUCGUCGCAGUCCUCGAGGCAACAUUCUUCGGUGGCCCGAUGCUUGUCAGAUUAGGAAACGCAAGCGGUGACUCGGCACUCAGGUCUCGAACUACCAGUCCCAACGGGGUGAUUGAUGCAUCCAUGUCAUCCAUUGACACCGACAUGGAGCGGUUAGUCCUCGCGAGCUUCGUAGCGACUCGGAACAUCUUCAAUGACGCAACCAUGUUCGGUGGCUCCGAACAAAAUUACCCCAAUGUCUUCCGGGGCGGCAACGGACAACCCGAGGAAGGAUCCGGGCACUUUGUGGUAUCCAGCCCGGACAUCCAGACCUUUUCGCUCACCGGGAUCAUCUGUCUGGUGAGCAUCCUGGUCUUUCUCACGGCGAUUUGGCUCUUGCUCGAGUUGCUGCUUCUUGUACUGAAGGGCCGUCAUCAUCCCUUUUGGUGCAGAUAUCAUGUGCUUGAUGCGGUGCAGUUGUUUCGAUGCCUGUACGAGAAAAACGACCCUGAUCGUAAAUUCACCAAAACCGACCGUCCGACUAGCGAAGACCUGCCGAAGAUUCGGCCCUAUGGCGGCUGGCGGUGCAAUGAAGGGGUACCACAACAGCAAAUUUUCCGCGAAGCUAAUGGCAAAGACACCAUUUUCAACAUUGAAGAUGAUUUUUGCCUGUUGACGCCCUGCAAGGAGAAGUCCUGCAUGGGGCAUAUUCUUAAAGAUCUAGCCAGGGAGGUCAAUCGGAACAGCGUGAUUGAACCCAAGGAACCUGUGAGAUCUGAUCGGACCACUCCGGACCCUGAUACGGCCAUGCCUCAGGGUGACUAUGAGAAACGACCCGCGCACGACACCAUCAACCCCAGUAAUUUGUCCAAUGGCCACAGUUAGAGGUAACACCUAUUGCGCCUCUCUAUGCUUGGAGAAGUGGCUGGCAAAAACGGCACAAGGUAACCUUUGAACAGGCGGUUACUUUUAACCUCUAUUUUCUCACUUUCCUUGCCCUCUUUUCUCACUCCUUGAAGG